GUCCGCCUGAUCUGAUCUAGCUGAGCUGAAUCCGGCCUGCAGAUAAGACUAUCUGACUUUGUUUUGUAUGACUGAACAAGUGCAUGGCAUAAACUCAAAACCAGCAACAAGACAGUAUUUUAGCAGGGACCGAGCAGGGAGAUUCUGCAGUCCUUUUGUUCCCUGAACGUACUAGUACGUUGGUUGUUUGAGUUCAUCGAGAGACCAAUGCCCAUCUUCCAAUAUGCAGAGCACACAAGGAAGCAAAUCCAUGCAGCUAUUGCCCAUAGAUAUCCACUAUGAUAAACUUCUUGACUGGCUAAUUGAUCGGCGUCACUGCACGGUGAAAUGGCCCGUCGCCCACCAGGAGAUACGCACUCGCAUUGAUACGGCAGUUCAGGACAUGCCCGACGAAGAAGAGAUCACCAAACUCAUUCGCUCGUCAUCUAUUGACUACUUCCAUUGCAAACGGAUUGUUGAGCUGCUCAAAGUGUCAGAGGCUGAUACAAAGAAUCUGUUUGGCAUGUACUCUUCACAGCGAAUGAAGGACUGGGUUGACAUUGUGAAUCGCUAUGAAGAUAAGAAGGUGUACCUAGCGGAGUCCGCUCAAGCUUUGAUCCGUAAUGUCACCUUUGAGAUACCAGCAAUGAAGCAGCAGAUCAAGCGUGCUCAGCAACAGGCCAGGGACUCUGAACGAAAGCAAUCCGAAUACAAUGGAACUGCUUCUCAGCACCAACAGCGUUUUGCUCAGGAGUGCAAGAAAAUGAACAUUGAGGGUAAAAACAUCAAGCUAGAGCUCUUACAUCAAGUCAAAGACCUGCCGCAGAUCUACAAGAAGUUCAGCGAAGGUGUGGAAAGUUUGGCUGAAGCAUGCGAGUACUAUCAGGCUGCCGUGGACUUCCUCCUUUCUCAGCAAUCUAAAGGUACGUAUUGCCCGACGGAGACGUGCCCUUUACUUCGACAUAUCCAGCGCAACGGCAACACGACGCUGUACCAGUGGCGGACAGGACAAGUGCCACAGAUUGUAGAAGAAGACAACUGGCUGGCAAGACGACUGGCUGAGCUUAAUAAAGCGGAAGCAGCACCGACAGCCACAUCUGCGUCAGCAAGCGAUGACACUGGUAUUGACUUUGGUGAUGGUGACACCAAUGGAGCAGCUACAGCUGCUGCAGCAGCACCAGUAGCAACUGCCGAUGGGGAGAUCGAUUUCGGCGAAGGCUUCAAUAUGGAUGCAAUCGACUUUGGGGAAUCCCCUUCGGGCCAGACAGACCUGGGUGAAAUCGAUUUUGGUGAUCUUGUCGUUGACGAUGUUCCAUCAGCGGAUGUGAACGGUGCGUCAGAAUCUGGAGCUGAGAUCAACUUUGACAUUGUGAUUGAGGACUCCGGCACAGAAAAUGAGCAAGGUGUACACACAGCUACAGGAGAAGAUGCACUCACUGUUUUGGCUUGCUCGCGGACUCGCGACCUGUUCGUAAACGAGCUAAAGGAGCUCGAGGCGUUUCUUCUUCAGCGGAAAGCCGAGCUGGCAAACAAUGUAACAGAUAUCUUGUCCGUUACGAUGUUUCAGUCAGCUCCACUGUUCUUGCAAGUGCAAUCUGAGCAGAGUGUCACACGCAUGCUGACUGGCGUGCAGGGCUUGCUGCUGGUAUGGCAUGACGAGAGAACACAGCACCUCAUCAAGAUCUGCUCCUCUCCUCGAGCACUAGACCGCCUGGCAGAUACUCUAAAGCGCAUUCUCCAGCAGGCGGAUAAGAUGCGUGCCAAAGCUGCACACAUGCAGGAACGUCAGCAGGAGCUGCUGCAGGCUCAACGCGAUAUCGAGCCCAAACUGGCCUCGGCCAUUGCCCAUGUCAAGGAUGUGCAGGCCAAGAUGCAAAGCGAGAUCUCUCAGCUCUACAAGGACCGCAGAGUUAACAUCAUGGGAGAAAUCAACAACUUGUGAGGACUGCCGCCGUACUUGUCCAGCAUGAUGGCAGCAUCACCAAGCACAUGUGAGAAAAUCAACAGCUUGUGAUGACUGCUGGACUUGUCCUGGCAUGAUCGCAACGAACAAGCUCUUGCCAAGCCAACCCCCCACCACCGCACCUGUCUGCACUAACUGUUCCAAAGGCUGUCCUGUCUUGGUUCAAUUGCACUUCCAACAUGUAUAUAUAUCAACAUGUACAUAACUGUUUAUUUUCUGAUCUGUUGCUACACGUCCUCGGUGUGAACAUACACACUACAUUUGCUGGCGACUGUAGUGUUCAUCCUCUCCAUGGCAUGUGUUCCGUUUUAUUUUUCAUUAUCCUUUCCGCUCCAUGUCUAUAUAUUAGUAUUUCGUCACAUAACCUACUUGUAGAAAGAGCAUUGGAACUGCACACGCAUACACGCCCCAUCACACUCAUACACACUUGCAAACAUGUCUCCAGGCUCCAUAUUGUUCAAUGGUUGUAUUCACUACUCGGGACCAAGUCCCGUCGCUCACAUACAAUUCUCUACGCUCCAUCGUUGACAGAAUUCAGGACAAUCGUUGCUGAAUCGACACUGGCAUGUUUUGCUACUGAUUCCUUGCUUGCAACAUGA